GACUAAAGCAACAAAAUAUCCCCAAAUUUCAGCCACAAUCCAUUCAAAGCAUCAGCCACAAGCGAAUCGCUGAAGCUAUUCCUUUAGCUAGUGACAACGUUACCAUGUUUCACUUCAUUCAAACUGUCCUGAUUCCUUCAUUCCAUUUGAUUGUCCUCUUGAAAGUUUACAUCCCUCUCUUGGAGAUAACUCAUUGAGAAUUUCGAGGACAGGAAUGCUUCGUAUGCUCUAAUGCUCUUUACCUAGGUACUGUCGCAUAACGGCCGCGACGCGUAAUCUAUCGGAUACCACAGCUUCCACAGCCCAUCAAUUACAUAUACAAUCAUUCUUUCAACAUCUUCACCUAGCGACGAUUACCUACGACAUUUCAUUAGGGGUUGGUUUAGACAAGUAGAUAGAAUGGUUGGUUUCAAUUUCUUCCGCAUACUGGGAGAUAUCUCCCAUACCCUCUCAAAAUGUAUCCUCAUAUUCGCUAUUCACCGUAACUCUUCCGCGGAAGGUGUUUCCCUCAUAACCCAAUCUCUCUAUGCCCUCGUCUUCGUAACCCGCUACUUAGAUCUCUUCUCUGGGAUUUUCAUCCUCUGGAACUUCGUCCUCAAAGUCUUCUAUAUAGGUUCCUCUUUCUAUAUUCUCUUUUUGAUGUUAAGAGUGUAUGCGAGAACUAGGGAAAGAGAAAAGGCUUGGAAACUUGGGGGGCUGUGCUUUGUUGGGAGUGCGGUAUUGGCACCGAUUGCGAUGAUGAUUUUUGAGAGGAAGUAUGGUUGGGGUUUUAUGGAGGUCCUAUGGGUCUUCUCCAUUCUUCUCGAAUCAACUUGUAUCCUCCCUCAACUUCUUCUCCUUCGUCAAACAACGGUUCCCACAGUCCUCGAUUCCUUCUACCUCGUUACACUCGGUUCCUACCGUUUCUUCUACAUCUUGAAUUGGAUUUGGCGUACAUUAGAUAUCAAUGAUCGUUCUCCAGAUGCGAUAUCAAUCAUUGGCGGUGUGAUCCAAACGGCAUUCUACAUUGACUUCGCCUGGGUUUAUUAUACAAGACAAAGAGUCAAGUUGAGGAAUGGAGGAGUUGUUGAUGCAGAUGAUAUCAGUAGAGGCUGGUUGUUGAAUAGAGUGCUGGGGAAUAAACACAUGGUGGGAACGGACGAUGAUGAAGAAGGGGAUGAAGAAGCAAAUCCUGUCGGUAGACAAGAGCCAAGCCGAAAUGGUACUAAAUGGGGAGCAAGAGGCAUUUCAGUUAGUGCAGAUGAAGGAGUUCUUGCAGGCGAAAGUCAAAGACAGGCGGGAUAUGAAGGACAAGAAAGUGGAGUUGUUGAUGCGGAUGUGGAUAAGGAUGCGAGAAUGAAGGAUCCGGAUGAGUUGGCGAGGAUUUUGGAUGAGGGGGAAGAAAGUGAGGAAGAUGGUACAUUACCCAUACCUGGAGAAAGUGGGAGUGGAGUAAGCAAUGGAUCGGAGUGGAGAGGAUAGUGGGUGGUGAUCUUAUCGGCAAUCGAAGUGAAAACAGUCAGUUCCACGAGAGGAAUAGGCAUUUAUGUACUCGUAUGAUUCAACAGAUAUGAAAUGGGAAUUCGGUGGACAGGCAAAUGCAUUAGGAUCUAGGAUGGAUGAUUCAUGGAUGAUGUUUUAAGGGAUUAUUUCUUUAUUUUAUUUUUUAUUUGGAAGAGAAGUACUUGCUAGCUAGAUAGCUAUGUAGCUAGUAGUGAUGAAUAUCAAGAACCGACUUGAGUGUAAUAGAUUGAUUGUUGGGUGUGGUGCCUGUGGUUUUGGUUUUGGUUGUGGUUGUGGUUGUGGUUGUGGUUGUAAUUAUACUUCAGUUUGUCAUGUUCGACAUUGAUUGUUAUGUGAUAAUGAUGGGCAUGAAGGAAAUGAUGAGAAGA